UAGUGACAAGUUUUAUCAUAUACUAUAAAAACACUGGUUUUUCAGUACAGUAGAGAUUACCAAGCGAUAUCUAUAUAUGCACACACAUGGGCUUAUACAUAUAUUAUAUUAUGUGACUUUCAUAAUAAAUUAAAUUUGAAAAGUUUUUUUUCAAGUAUAUUGUAAUUAAAACAAUUUUUUAAAGUGGUUUUUCUAUUUUUAAAUAUAAAACAAUUUUCAAAAAGGUUCUAAUUUAUUAAUUAUUUUUGCAAAUUCGUAGUGUUUAUUGUGAUAAUUUAAUUAAACAUUUUGUUGUUGCUUUGUUGGAUUAUAUUUUGUAUACAUCGCAAUAAUAUCAAUUUUCAUCUAAUUAAUAAAUUUAUUAUUACCCUCAGUUUAUAGUACCUUUGAAUUUUGUUAUUAAAAAAAACAACAAAAAUGUGAGCUCAUGCAAAAAAGAAUGCGCAAAUCUUCUACUUAUGCUCAUCAUUACAAAAUCCAAAUGCUCAAUAUUGAAAUUUUUAAAUCAAAAAAUUUAAAAAAAAAAAUCAUUUAAGCAAGCGAAAUAAAAAUACUCAAAACAAAAAAUAUUUUUGAUAAAAAAAAUUUAAUAGUUUAAUUAAAAAAUAUUUUACUAAGGCGGCCUAGCUCUUAAUGUAAAAUUGUAUAUACUUAGAAAUAAUAAUUAAAAAACACAAAAUUGAAUGUCAAUAAUUUUUUUUAAAUUAUAAAAAUGAAUGCUACAUCAACAGGAACAACAAUUAAAGAUGAUCAAAUUAAGAAUGAAAUUGAAAAUAAUGAAGAAAUAUUAUUGAAUUUAUUCAAAAUAAAUAGAAAAAGUCACCGUGUUCUAUUAGAUUCCAAAAGAAUUAUUUGGAAAAAAAAAGAAAAGGAUGAUAAUGGUGAAAAUAAUGAAAUUCCAAUUUGUGAUAUAAUAGCAGUUAGUCAUUCUAUUGAAAAACAUUUUGUUAAAUGUUUAAGAAAAAAUAAUUCUAAUACAAAUUAUGAUAAUAAUAGUACCAGCAGAAAUAAUAAUAUAGUAAAUAUAUCUGAAAAUGCAGAAACAAAUUUAUUAGAUGAUAACAAUAAAACUCAAUUAAAUAAGGAAAUAUUACAAAAUAAUACAAGAAAUACCAAUAACAUAAUAUCAAAUAAUACUGAUAUAACAAAAUCAAGUAAUUUGGCAGAGGUAUCAUCAUCAAAAACAGGACCAACAACAACAGAAAUAACAAAAGUACCAAAUAAAAUUAAAUUAAAUCAACCAUCAACAUCAACUAUAAAUAAUACAUUAUUAACAUCUUCAACAGAAAUAACAAACAUAACAACGAUAACGCCACAUAAUAAUUCUAAUUAUACUAAUGACAAUAAUUAUAAUAGUAAAUAUUUAAUAAUUAAUUAUGCUAAAAGAUUAAAAAAUUCAAAAAAAAAUUAUAAUAAAUGGUAUUGUAAAACAGUCACAUUAUAUAAUAAUAAUACAAAUAUAAUAAUAAAAUGGUACAAUACAAUUAAUAAUUUGUUAAAAAAAUUAAAACAUCCAAAAAAUAUUUUAUUAUUUAUAAAUCCGUAUGGUGGUAAAAAAAAUGGUAUUAAGAUAUAUAAUAAUAUAUGUAAACCAUUAUUUAAAUUAGCCAAUAUUAAUAUUAUAUUAAUAAUUAGUCAAAAAUCGAAACAAAUUUAUGAUAUUAUAAUGGAACAAUCAAUUAAUCAAUAUGAUGCAAUUUGUUGUAUUGGUGGUGAUGGUACAAUAUCUGAAUUAUUUAAUGGUUUAAUAUAUCGUGCAAUGAAAGAUUUACAUAUUAAUAUUAAUAAACCAGAAUAUAUACCAAAACCAAAAAUACCCAUUGGUAUAAUACCAGGUGGUAGCACAAAUACAAUUGUAUAUAGUUUACAUGGUACAUGUGAUAUUAUAACAUCAACAAUACAUAUAAUAUUAGGACAGAAACGUGGUCUUGAUUUAGCUAGCGUAUAUAAUAUAAAUGGUUUAAUAAAGUUUUACGCAAGUGUUAUUAGUUAUGGCUAUUUAGGAGAUAUAGCAUUAGAUAGUGAAAAUUAUCGUUGGAUGGGACCAAAACGUUAUGAUUAUUCAGGUAUCAAAAAAUUUUUUAAAAAUCAUGGUUAUUAUGGUGAUAUAACAUUCCUAACAUCAGAUAUUCAAGUAAAUGAAAACGUAUCAAAAAAUUUUCAAAAUGAAGUUACAGAAAAAACUAUUUUUAAUCAUAAUGAUGAUAAUAAUGAUAAUGAAAAUAAUAUAGAGAAAAUUGAAGAAAAUUCAAUUCAAAAUGAUAAACCAAAUACAGAAUUAAUUAACAAUAAAAAUGAUUUUAAAAAUAGUAAUUACAAUAAUAUUUUAUAUGAUAAUGAAAUUUCAACAACAAAAUGUUAUGUUAAUUGUUUAAAAUGUACAAAUUCAUUAAUAAAUUUGUUAUCAUCAACUUCAUCAUCAUCAUCACCAUCGUCAUCAUCGCCAGAAUUAUUAUCAUCUUCAAUGACGGAAACAAAACAAUUACAACAUCAAAAAUAUAAACAAUCAAAUAGUACAAUACAAGGAACAAAUAAUACAAUAACAAAUCAAUUAAAUAUUAAUAAUGAACUGAAUGAUAAUAUUAACUGUGAUAAUAAUAUAAUUAUAUCUAAAUUAAAUAGUAAUACAGAUAAUAACAAUAUUGAAAAUCAAAAAAUUAAUAAUGUUAAUAAUAAUGAUAAUUUUUUUAAUGAAAUUUUAUUUAAUUUAUUAAGUAAUACUGAAAAUGAUACUAUAUUAAAUGAAAAUGAAUUUAAUAAUAUUAAUUAUAUUAAUGAUAACAAUUGUGAUAAUGAUAUUAAUAAUAAAAAUAAAAUUUAUAAUAAUAAGGGUUAUGUAAAUGACAAUAAUGAAAAUGAAGAAGUAGAAAAAGAAGAAAAUAUAAUAUUAAACAAUGAUAAAAGUGAUAAUAAUUUCAAUAGCAAUAAAAAUAAAAAAACACAAGAACAAAAAGAAGAUGAAAAACAUGAAUUAAAACAGGAAAAAUUACAAAUAUCUUCAACAUCAUCAUCAUCUAUAUCAACGUUGCCAUCAUCUACAAUGUUAUCAACGGCAAUUGUAUCAAAAACAGCAUCAACAUCAGUAUCAAUAACAACACAAUUAAUGGAAUCACCAUCAUCACCAUCAUCAACAUCAAUUAAUAAUAAAAAAUCAACAAUGAAAUUGAAUGGAAAGAAAUUAUAUUUAAAUAAUAUUAAAGGAAAUUUCUUUUUAAUUAGUUGCGCUAAUAUAUCAUGUUUGUGUGAUCGUAGUCCAAAUGGUUGGUCACAAUUUAGUCAUUUAGGUGAUGGCUAUUUAGAUAUUAUAUUAGUAAGACAUACAACAUUUUUAAAUAAUUUAAAAUUAUUGAUGGCAAUGACGAAAAAAAAUGGUAAUAUUAAUAAUUUACCAUUUGUUAAAUUAUAUAGAACGAAAAAAUUUUUAUUUCGUGCAAAAAAACGGGAUCCAAUAAAUCGAAAUUCAAUUAAAACUAGCCAAUGGAAUUGUGAUGGUGAGGUUGUACAUGAUACUGAUUUAAUUAUCAGUUCACAUUGUCAAUUAAUCGAUGUUUUUAUGAGAGGUCCAUAUCCGAAAGAAACCUCAGAUGAAAGGACAGUGAAAUGUUGUGAAUUUUAAUUUUUUCUCAAUAAGAUUUUUAAUUGACUGUACUAUGUAUUGUAGUUGACUAUGAAUUAUUAUAAUUUUUUUUUUAUUACAAAACUUACUCAAACAAACAAAUGAAAUAUGCAGUAGUAUGUAAGAUAUUUUUUAUAUUCUUGGCUCAAAAAAUUAAACUUCAUUUUAUUCUAAUCCCAUGCUGAAUACCCCUAAUAUGCAUGGUGGUACAAGUUGGUAAUUAUUGUAAGUAUUUAAUUUGAAUGAUACGAUAUAAAUGUAGUAUAUGUUUGUUGUCUCGUUUGGAAAAAUAAUGUAAUAUGUUCUGAUUAUUCUGAUUAAUGUAAUAUGUUCUGAUUGUUUAUAUAUGUAAUGUCCAUCCAGUAUAAGAAAUAACAAAUCAUUUUGAUUUCCAUUAUUCUAGUAUUUCUAAGUUUGAUUAAUAUUAGAAAUUAUUUAAUUAAAUUAUGGAAUUCAUUGUGAUAAUUUGCUCUUUCUAUAUUUUAUUAUAUAUAUAUUAAAAGCUUCACAAAAAAUAUUAAAAAUCCAAUUAGUACUAUUUAUAAUAAGGAAUGGUUAUUACAAUGUAUUGACAUUUUAAAAAAUUUACUAUUACAGAGAAAGCAUCUAAAGAAAUAAUUUUUACUUGUAAUUUGAUUUUAUUCUUAAAUAUAAAUGGAUUGCAAAAUCAAUUUAAUAUUACUGUAGGAUUUUUUUUUUAAAUUCAUGAUGGAUUUUUGAAUCUAAACAGUGGUUUUCAGUGACGUCUGAAAAUACAACCAGUGUCUCUCCGCAUCCGUAAAAAUUUUGCUUUGGUACAAUAUUCUCAGAUGCUUCCCUCUGUAUAAACGUACGUUUUUUUUUACGUUUGUAAUUUUGCUCCUACAUUAUCUUAUAUAAAAUCAACAACAGGUGGUGUUUUAUUUUAAUGUUAAAAUUUUAUUCUAUUGUAUUAUCAACCCGUAUUAUUAUAUUACUACUAAAAAUAUAAUAAAAACAAAAUAAAAAGAAAAUUGUGUUAAUGGUUGAAUAUAAGUACAAAUUUAUUUUGAAUAAAAUUCAUAGUGAAAAAAAAAUUGUAA